CCGAACAAAGUGGACGCCAUGGAGUGUGAGGAGGUACAAGAAGAGCUACAGUCUCCUACAAGGUCAUCGGUUUCUCUUCCAGAAGGUCAGCAAAAUGGCGGUAACGCCCGAGAUUUCGAACACUUGAAAAUCCCCCCUCCCCCCAAGAUGGCCUCCACCAACCCGUCUGGACUUGCCCAAACGACAACUUCAGCUGAAGACGGGCCACAGGAAAAACGGAGAAAGAUCACCAUGGACCCGGGGGCGUGUCUGGAAUACUCCAACUCUGAAGUAGGUGCGAACCCUCUCAAAAAUCCUCUGUUGGUGAAGAAGAGUAGCAAGAACAUCAAUGAAAUUCUCAUGCCACGGAAACCAAGGGACAACAAAAAUGGAAAGAAAGUGCCCACCACAAGUUCUGGCCGGGUGUUCACAAGGUUUAGAAAGGCCAGUACCUUUACUUCGACUCAAUCCCAAGGCGUGGCAGGCGCGAACUUGGCAAUGAACAACAGAAUGAAGGAUUCCAAAAUGGACGACUUUUUCAUCAGAGACAACAAAGACAACUCCAGAAAUCCAUCCAAAAACCCUUGCACAUCUUCGCCAGACAAGAGUACUCACAACUCGAAGGGACAGAACUUCAAAAGGACAUGGACAGGAACACAAAAGGCGUCAACAUCAUCAACUAUAACAACAGAAACAUGUCUACGGACACCGACAAAGACUAGUAAUAUUGCAGCAUUUUCCAUGUCUUCUCCGAGUUCCAGUUCACAAAAGACUAGCCCAGGUGCUCACAGAGUCAGUCCAGGGUCCAGGGUGUUCAAAUGGCCGCCUAAGAAAUCCUCCCAGUCAGUGCCGAUCACUACAUCACCAGACACCACAACUCACAUCUUUGUGUGUAGUCCUGACAGGGGUCAUGUCAGGUCAUCUGGUGCCUUGUCUUGGACUUCUAGUUCAAGUUCACAAAUUUCACAGGCACAGCCAGCCUCCAAAGAAGGUGAACAGCAGCAGUCAUCACUGGACGACUCAGAACUAGACACCCUCCUGGCCAACUACAACAUGGACCAGUGCACAUCCCAACAACGCACUAGCACGGACAACAGCAACAAGUUCGGCCUGUUUGGCGUCUCCAGCAGUUGCCAUGGAAACGAUGACGACAGCUCUGACGGGGAAGACUCACGGCCAAACCCGUUUGAGAUGUUACCAGACGAGCUGUUGGAGAACAUCUUCUGUCAGAUGCCGAUGUUGGACCUGUGUCUGCAUCUCAGCCUGGUGUGUCAGCGCUGGAGGGAACUUAUUCAGAGGGAGACGUUCAUCCCAUGGAAGAAGAAGUACCACAAGCUGAAGCAGGGGUGCCCUGAAACUGUCCAGGAGGUCAAUGACCUGAUGAGAACACACAGCAUCACGGCUACAAAGGACGGCUGUCUGCUUCAGCUCAUCAGAUACAUGUCUAGUUGGCAGAAGCGAGAGGAGGCGGCCAUCUUGUCUCGCCUACAGACCCACCCCCUGUCUACAGCAGCACAGGACCUCAUCAGGACCAGGGCAAAGGACUGUCUUAUAGAUGGGGCCUGUCCAGCCUGGUCAGUGGUGGCGGCUGUGGUGGUCCUGUCCACUUCGGUCAGUGAUAUCCAGACCCUUCUGCGUGUGCUGACCAGACACCCCACCCCCUGUAUGAUAGUGGACGUGCUGGAGGGACUGUACUGUAUCGCUACUCUACUCUUCUCUCUGAGGACUCACUUCAAAAUCAACAUGGGCCUCCACUACCGCCUGUUCUACACCCUGUACCUGUAUGAGAACGCCUCCUCCGUCUCCUGUGGUCAGCUGACUGCUCUCAAGGGCAAACCCAGAGGUCAACAGUCCAUGAUGAGACACAGAUCAGGCAAAGACCGAGUGCGCCUGUCUCAUGAACAACUCCGGAUCAUCAACCAUGAACUCAAACCCAGAGAAACCAUCAAGAUUAUUGCAUUUGCAGGUACAGGCAAGACUACAACCCUGGUAGAGUACACCAAGCUCCGUCCACACAUGAAAUUCCUCAUGCUGGCCUACAACAAAUCCGUCCAGGAGCAGGCAGUUAAAAUAUUCCCAGGAAAUGUGGAGUGCAGUACUGUCCACUCUCUGGCAUACUCUGACUGUGGAGAAAGAUUUCAACACAAGCUGAUCAAGUACGGUGUAAAGACUGACGAUAUCGCCAGAAGCCUUCGGAAACACAGUCGGUAUAACUACGUGUUCGCCAAGUAUGUACUGGACACUCUGACCAACUACAUAGCGUCUGCUGAGGAUGAUGUCACCACUGCCCACGUGCCUGACACCAAGCCGGGAAAGGGUGGGACCAAAGUGCCAAUCUCUCACCAGGACAAACUGGCAAUAGCAGAAGAAGCCCAGCAGAUUUGGGACCGAAUGUCUGAUCCAGGGAACCGUGAUGUCUGGAUAAGUCAUGAUGGUUACUUGAAAGUGUACCAGUUGAGUCGUCCACAGAUCACAGACUAUGAUUGUCUGCUCAUAGAUGAGGCUCAGGACUUAACUCCAGCCAUCAAUGAUAUCCUGUUAAGGCAGGAUGUGGCCAAAAUCCUGGUGGGAGACCCUCACCAGCAGAUCUAUACAUUCCGAGGGGCCAAAAAUGCUAUGCAGGAAACGGCAUGUACACACACGUACUAUCUCACACAGUCCUUCCGGUUUGGCCCAGAGAUAGCGUAUGUUGCUGCUUGUAUGUUGAAUGUCUUGAAAGGUGUGAAAACAAAGACAUUGGUGGGCAGCAGCAAGACAGGUACUGUGCUGGGUACGAAACAGGGUCAGGAAGCUGUGAUCUGUCGGAUGAACUUCACCCUGUUUAAUGAAGCAGUCCGACUCACCAACCCCAGCAAACCUCCUGUUAGGAUCGCUUUUGUUGGGGGCCUGGCAGGGUAUCAACACAACAGGAUUCUGGACAUCUAUUACCUCUCCCUCAGUCCUGAACAGAGGAGAAAAAAAAAUGUAAAGGUUCGCGAUCACUUCAUUGAAAAGUUUACCAGCCUGCGCAAACUGAAGGAGUUUGCAGAGAAAGCUCAAGAUGUGGAACUCGGUGGGAAGAUCAAGAUCGUGGAGGUUCAUCGUCACAACACGCCCAAGUUCAUCAAAAGGAUCAAAGAAAGAACAACAGACGACUUGAAGACAGCUGAUGUAGUGUUGACAUCAGCUCACAAAGCCAAGGGGCUGGAGUUUGAUACCGUGAGACUGGCUGAUGACUUCUGUGGAGCGAGUUCUCCUAUGGCACCGGACAAGCCAGAAUGGGAAAAACUGGAGGAAGAUGAGAAGAACCUCCUGUAUGUAGCAGCCACCAGGGCCAAGAAGAGUCUACUGCUGACCCAGACAGCCAUGCUGGUACUGAAGGAUGUGCAAGAGCAGUUUAUCUACCCCUCCCUGACCCAGGAGUUGUUGAACUCAGGUGUGGUUCUCACCUGUACCAACACCAGGUGUGGUCAGGCUGUACCUGCUGACAACCUGCUCACCAUGAACAGGAGGACUGUCACUUAUGGCACUGGGCAUGGACUAGAGGCGCCCCCUGGCCCCCUGUGCCCAAAGUGCAGCAAGCUGCCGGCCCCGGGGUUCCGUGACCUGCUGUGUGACCCCUGUCCUGGGGAGGGGGGUGAUGUGGAGGAGAGGGAGGAGGAACUCAGUGAUGAUGAUGAUAUGAACGUGAUGUUCUUCGCCAUCCACUACAAUCCCUUCUUCAACAUGUAG